AUGGGGGACGUGGUGGCUGAGCAGCCUCAGAGCCUCACGACUCCAGCCGAGGAGGUCAUACCGGGCUGUCCUAAGGGUCUGGAGCACUUGGCCGUGGCGGAGAAGGUGAUCAUCAAACAGGAGCUGGAAAUGCUGGAGGCGCUGACCGGCUACGAGACCGCCAACCGGUACGUCAUUACCAACGAACAGGGGCAGCAGAUAUAUUGCGCUGCCGAACAGAGCGAUUGUCUCGCGCGUGUCUGCUGCCGCCAGAACCGUGCCUUCGACAUGCGCAUCGUGGACAACUCUGGCGUGGAGGUGUUCCACUUGCUGCGGCCGUUCCGCUGCGGCGGCUGCUGCUGCUCGCCCUGCUGCCUGCAGCGGUUAGAGGUGUCGCGCGGCGGCCAGCUGCUCGGCCUGGUGACACAAGACGGCCGGCUCUGCUCCACCAGCUUCAGUGUCCGCUCGGCGACCGGCGACACCCAGCUGAAGAUCACCCGCGCCUGCUGCACCUGCCGCUGCUGCGGCGAGCGCAAGUUCAAGAUCAAGUCGGCCGACGGGAAGCACGACGUGGGGACGCUGGGCAAGUGGUGGGGCGGCUUGGUGCGAGAGAUGUUCACGGACAGCGACAAGUUCUGCGUGCAGUUCCCCCGAGACAUGGACGUCACGGUCAAGGCGACAGUUGUUGGGGCGGUCUUCCUUAUCGACUUCAUGGCGUUCGAGGACAAUAAUGCGUAG